UGUUAUUUUUACGUCGGUGUCUUUUCCACUAAUCGUGUUGCGUCUCUUUGAGCGGCUCUCCGCAUUUGGAAAUAGUAAUGAAGUCGCAUUGACCUAGCAUCCACGAGACAGCUUGUUGCAGAGUUAACUUCUGAGAAUGCCCCAGGUGAAUAAGGCUAAGAGUGCUGCUUGCAGUUCAAGUCAGCAGUCUGGUAUGGAUUGGGGUGACAUCCAGCAGCCAGGAGAACAAGGGGCAUCAGAAUCAAACAGCAGGGAAAACGGAGAUAUAAAAAUCGUCAAAUCGCCAAGUGAUCCCAAACAGUACAGGUACAUCGAGUUGAGCAAUGGACUAAGAGCACUACUCAUCUCAGACUUCAGUGGGACAGAUGGAAAUGCAAGUGCUGAAGAUAAUGACUCAGAAGAGGGUGAAAGUGAGGGAGCAGAGGAGGAAGAGGAAGGAGACUCAGGGGAGGGAACUGAAGAAGAGUCAGAAGAGGAGGAGGAAGAGCAGGACAGUGACUUUGAAGAACUUGAUGAGAACAGUGAAGGCAGAAGCAAAAAAGUAUCCUCUGAAAAACAGUCUGCAGCUGCCCUGUGCAUUGGAGUGGGAAGCUUUAGUGACCCAGAUGACUUACCUGGUCUGGCACAUUUCCUUGAACAUAUGGUCUUCAUGGGUAGUGAGAAGUACCCAGCAGAAAAUGGAUUUGAUGCAUUCCUGAAGAAACAUGGCGGUAGUGACAAUGCCUCUACGGAUUGCGAGAGGACGAUAUUCCAGUUUGAUGUGCAAAGGAAGCACUUCAGGGAAGCUCUGGAUAGGUGGGCCCAGUUUUUCAUCUGCCCUUUGAUGAUCAAAGAUGCAAUUGACAGGGAAGUGGAAGCUGUUGACAGUGAAUACCAGCUGGCAAAACCAUCUGAUUCCCACCGUAAGGAAAUGCUUUUCGGUAGCUUGGCCAAGCCCAAACACCCCAUGGGAAAGUUUUGCUGGGGGAAUGCUCAGACCUUGAUGCAUGAGCCAAGGGAGAAAAAUAUCGACAUCUAUCAAUGUCUGCGCGAGUUCUGGAAGAGGCACUACUCUGCCCACUACAUGACUUUGGCUCUUCAGUCUAAAGAAACUCUGGACACUCUGGAGGAGUGGGCAAGAGACAUAUUCAGCAAGAUCCCCAACAAUGGUCUGCCCAGACCUGACUUCUCUCACCUGCUGGACCCUUUUGAUACCCCAGCUUACAACAAACUUUACAGAGUGGUUCCUGUGAGGAAGGUACAUGCUCUUACCAUCACCUGGGCUUUGCCUCCCCAGGAAAAGUACUACAGGAUAAAACCCCUUCAUUACAUUUCUUGGCUAAUCGGUCAUGAAGGCACUGGCAGCAUCCUCUCGUUGCUGAGGAAGAAGUGUUUGGCUUUGGCUCUUUUUGGUGGAAACAGUGAAACAGGAUUUGAUCAGAAUACCACCUACUCAAUCUUUAGCAUCUCCAUCACUCUGACAGAUGAGGGCUUCCAGAACUUCUACCAGGUAGCGCACGUUGUGUUCCAGUAUCUAAAAAUGCUUCAGAAAAUGGGCCCUCAAAAAAGAAUAUAUGAGGAAAUUCAGAAGAUAGAGGCUAAUGAGUUUCAGUACCAGGAGCAGACAGACCCAAUUGAAUAUGUGGAGGAUAUCUGUGAGAAUAUGCAGCUAUUUCCCAAAGAGGACUUUCUCACUGGAGAUCAGCUGUUAUUUGAAUACAAUCCAGAGGUGAUCUCAGCAGCUCUGAACCUUCUGACCCCAGACAAGGCCAAUCUGCUGCUGCUGUCCCCGGAACAUGAGGGUCACUGUUACCUCAAGGAGAAGUGGUUUGGCACUCAGUACAGUGUUGAAGAUAUUAGCCAGGAAUGGCGUGACCAAUGGAUAGGAGAUUUCAGCCUAAAUCCAGACCUUCACCUUCCAGCUGAAAACAAAUUCAUAGCUACUGAUUUUACCCUAAAAACAUCAGACUCUCCUGACACUGAAUUUCCCGUCCAGAUUGUCAACAAUGGCAAAGGAUCUUUAUGGUUCAAGAAGGACACCAAGUUUAAGAUACCCAAAGCCUAUGUACGAUUCAGUUUAAUUUCUCCCUUGGUUCAAAAAUCUCCUGGAAACCUGGUCCUCUUUGACCUCUUUGUGAACAUCCUGGCGCACAACCUGGCAGAGCCGGCGUAUGAAGCUGACGUAGCCCAGCUGGAAUACAAGUUAGUGGCUGGGGAGCACAGUCUGGUCAUCAAGGUCAAAGGCUUCAAUCAUAAACUUCCACUCCUGCUGAACCUGAUCGUUGACUACCUAGCUGACUUCACCGCAGCACCAGAUGUGUUCGCCAUGUUCUAUGAGCAACUGAAGAAGACCUAUUUCAACAUUCUCAUUAAGCCUGAAAAGCUGGGAAAAGAUCUGCGGCUCUUGAUUCUUGAGCACUCACGCUGGUCUAUAAUCCAGAAGUACCAGGCUAUCAUGAAGGGGCUCAGCAAGGCAGACCUCAUGGACUUUGUGUGCUGCUUUAAGUCUGAGCUCUACGCAGAGGGACUGGUGCAGGGCAAUUUCAUCAGCAGUGAAUCCAAGGAGUUUCUUCAGUAUAUUAUAGACAAGCUGCAGUUCACACCCCUGUCAGCAGAGGUCCCAGUUCUCUUCCAAGUGGUAGAGUUACCUCAGGAGCCCCAUCUGUGCAAAGUGAAGUCUCUUAACAAAGGAGACGCUAACUCGGAAGUCACAGUGUAUUACCAGUCUGGACCCAAAAGCCUGCGUGAUCAUGCACUUAUGGAACUUUUGGUGAUGCACAUGGAGGAACCUUGCUUUGACUUUUUGAGAACCAAGGAGACAUUAGGGUAUCAUGUAUACCCCACCUGUAGGAAUACCUCUGGUAUUUUGGGUUUUUCUAUCACGGUGGAAACCCAGGCCACAAAGUUCAACACAGAACUUGUGGAGAUGAAAAUUGAAGACUUCAUGGCAAACUUUGGAGAAAAGAUGGCGAGUUUGACCGACGAAGCUUUUAAAACUCAGGUGACGGCUCUGAUUAAGCUCAAGGAGUGUGAGGACACGCAUCUUGGGGAGGAGGUGGACAGAAACUGGUUUGAGGUGCUUACCCAGCAAUACGUAUUUGACAGGCUCAACAAAGAGAUCGAAGCACUUAAGCUGAUUACCAAGUCAGAGCUGGUCUCCUCCUUUAUGGAGUUCAGAGGUCAAAGCAGCAAGAAGCUUAGUAUUCAUGUGGUUGGUUUUGGAGAAGCAGAGUACGACCCCCCUGUGGAGGAUGACGGUGGUGAAGCUCAACCAGCCCAGGCUGACAGUGAUGGAGAGCAUCGGAGCUCCCUGUACAGCGAGGUGUCGAAGCUCACGUUCCUGCCGGCAUCAGCCCUGCUGGCCUCUGCUACGGCCAUCACAGACAUCCAUGCUUUCAGAUCCUCACUGAAUCUGUACCCUUACCACAAGAUCCUCAAAUAAUAUAAUCAGUAGAUUGACAGCUUGAGAGAAUUAAUUGACCUGUUACUUCCUUGUUUGCUACCAUAUUAUUAAGGGGAAGCACAAAAUCUCCUCUAUAAAAUCUCUCUAUAAAAUAAAUUCAGUGCAAAGUUCACAUUCAUUCAGUGCAUAUUCAGUCAUUUGAAUUUAACCCUCCCCUACCGUCUCAACUAAAAUUAGUUAGCCUGCAGUGAUUUUUAUACUGAUAAGGCAACUGUAGGAUUCCCGUUGCUGUAUUCCAGACAAAACAACUGUCUAAGCUUUCUUACUAACCAGGUUAAUAUUUUAAAACAAUGGUUUUCACUGUUGCUUCUUGUCAAAUUUUAACUUUGGACAGUCAAAUAAGCCAGCUCUGCUAAUUUGUGAAUGACUGCAGUAAAGAAAUAGACAACUUUGGUGGAGUAUAUAAUGCUUUCAGUGUUACUGAAUUACAUAUACUACUUUAUGUUUGAGAACUUGAAAUGCUUAAUUAAAGGUGCUGUUCAUUUA